AUGCUCAUGUCCCUCCCUCGCCCUUCCCCUCCCUCGCCCUUCCCCUCCCUCGCCCUUCCCCUCCCUCGCCCUUCCCCUCCCUCGCCCUUCCCCUCCCUCGCCCUUCCCCUCCCUCGCCCUUCCCCUCCCUCGCCCUUCCCCUCCCUCGCCCUUCCCCUCCCUCGCCCUUCCCCUCCCUCGCCCUUCCCCUCCCUCGCCCUUCCCCUCCCUCGCCCUUCCCCUCCCUCGCCCUUCCCCUCCCUCGCCCUUCCCCUCCCUCGCCCUUCCCCUCCCUCGCCCUUCCCCUCCCUCGCCCUUCCCCUCCCUCGCCCUUCCCCUCCCUCGCCCUUCCCCUCCCUCGCCCUUCCCCUCCCUCGCCCUUCCCCUCCUCGCCCUUCCCCUCCCUCGCCCUUCCCCUCCCUCGCCCUUCCCCUCCCUCGCCCUUCCCCUCCCUCGCCCUUCCCCUCCCUCGCCCUUCCCCUCCCUCGCCCUUCCCCUCCCUCGCCCUUCCCCUCCCUCGCCCUUCCCCUCCCUCGCCCUUCCCCUCCCUCGCCCUUCCCCUCCCUCGCCCUUCCCCUCCCUCGCCCUUCCCCUCCCUCGCCCUUCCCCUCCCUCGCCCUUCCCCUCCCUCGCCCUUCCACCUCCCUCGCCCUUCCCUCCUCGCCCUUCCCCUCCCUCGCCCUUCCCCUCCCUCGCCCUUCCCCUCCCUCGCCCUUCCCCUCCCUCGCCCUUCCCCUCCCUCGCCCUUCCCCUCCCUCGCCCUUCCCCUCCCUCGCCCUUCCCCUCCCUCGCCCUUCCCCUCCCUCGCCCUUCCCCUCCCUCGCCCUUCCCCUCCCUCGCCCUUCCCCUCCCUCGCCCUUCCCCUCCCUCGCCCUUCCCCUCCCUCGCCCUUCCCCUCCCUCGCCCUUCCCCUCCCUCGCCCUUCCCCUCCCUCGCCCUUCCCCUCCCUCGCCCUUCCCCUCCCUCGCCCUUCCCCUCCCUCGCCCUUCCCCUCCCUCGCCCUUCCCCUCCCUCGCCCUUCCCCUCCCUCGCCCUUCCCCUCCCUCGCCCUUCCCCUCCCUCGCCCUUCCCCUCCCUCGCCCUUCCCCUCCCUCGCCCUUCCCCUCCCUCGCCCUUCCCCUCCCUCGCCCUUCCCCUCCCUCGCCCUUCCCCUCCCUCGCCCUUCCCCUCCCUCGCCCUUCCCCUCCCUCGCCCUUCCCCUCCCUCGCCCUUCCCCUCCCUCGCCCUUCCCCUCCCUCGCCCUUCCCCUCCCUCGCCCUUCCCCUCCCUCGCCCUUCCCCUCCCUCGCCUUCCCCUCCCUCGCCCUUCCCCUCCCUCGCCCUUCCCCUCCCUCGCCCUUCCCCUCCCUCGCCCUUCCCCUCCCUCGCCCUUCCCCUCCCUCGCCCUUCCCCUCCCUCGCCCUUCCCCUCCCUCGCCUUCCCCUCCCUCGCCCUUCCCUCCCUCGCCCUUCCCCUCCCUCGCCCUUCCCCUCCCUCGCCCUUCCCCUCCCUCGCCCUUCCCCUCCCUCGCCCUUCCCCUCCCUCGCCCUUCCCCUCCCUCGCCCUUCCCCUCCCUCGCCCUUCCCCUCCCUCGCCCUUCCCCUCCCUCGCCCUUCCCUCCCUCGCCCUUCCCCUCCCUCGCCCUUCCCCUCCCUCGCCCUUCCCCUCCCUCGCCCUUCCCCUCCCUCGCCCUUCCCCUCCCUCGCCCUUCCCCUCCCUCCCUCGCCCUUCCCCUCCCUCGCCCUUCCCCUCCCUCGCCCUUCCCUCCCUCGCCCUUCCCCUCCCUCGCCCUUCCCCUCCCUCGCCCUUCCCCUCCCUCGCCCUUCCCCUCCCUCGCCCUUCCCCUCCCUCGCCCUUCCCCUCCCUCGCCCUUCCCCUCCCUCGCCCUUCCCCUCCCUCGCCCUUCCCCUCCCUCGCCCUUCCCCUCCCUCGCCCUUCCCCUCCCUCGCCCUUCCCCUCCCUCGCCCUUCCCCUCCCUCGCCCUUCCCCUCCCUCGCCCUUCCCCUCCCUCGCCCUUCCCCUCCCUCGCCCUUCCCCUCCCUCGCCCUUCCCCUCCCUCGCCCUUCCCCUCCCUCGCCCUUCCCCUCCCUCGCCCUUCCCCUCCCUCGCCCUUCCCCUCCCUCGCCCUUCCCCUCCCUCGCCCUUCCCCUCCCUCGCCCUUCCCCUCCCUCGCCCUUCCCCUCCCUCGCCCUUCCCCUCCCUCGCCCUUCCCCUCCCUCGCCCUUCCCCUCCCUCGCCCUUCCCCUCCCUCGCCCUUCCCCUCCCUCGCCCUUCCCCUCCCUCGCCCUUCCCCUCCCUCGCCCUUCCCCUCCCUCGCCCUUCCCCUCCCUCGCCCUUCCCCUCCCUCGCCCUUCCCCUCCCUCGCCCUUCCCCUCCCUCGCCCUUCCCCUCCCUCGCCCUUCCCCUCCCUCGCCCUUCCCCUCCCUCGCCCUUCCCCUCCCUCGCCCUUCCCCUCCCUCGCCCUUCCCCUCCCUCGCCCUUCCCCUCCCUCGCCCUUCCCCUCCCUCGCCCUUCCCCUCCCUCGCCCUUCCCCUCCCUCGCCCUUCCCCUCCCUCGCCCUUCCCCUCCCUCGCCCUUCCCCUCCCUCGCCCUUCCCCUCCCUCGCCCUUCCCCUCCCUCGCCCUUCCCCUCCUCGCCCUUCCCCUCCCUCGCCCUUCCCCUCCCUCGCCCUUCCCCUCCCUCGCCCUUCCCCUCCCUCGCCCUUCCCUCCCUCGCCCUUCCCCUCCCUCGCCCUUCCCCUCCCUCGCCCUUCCCCUCCCUCGCCCUUCCCCUCCCUCGCCCUUCCCCUCCCUCGCCCUUCCCCUCCCUCGCCCUUCCCCUCCCUCGCCCUUCCCCUUCCUCUCACCCUCCAUCGCUCACCUGCGCUGGUGCAUGCCAUGCUGCCCCCUCCCCCCUUCCGUCUAUUGCGAUCACAGCAGCUCCACGUGCCGCUGCCACUGCCCACACUCGCCACUCUCGCGCGCUACUUCGCUCCCCGCAUACCCGCCCCGCCCUCUGCCACCUCGUCGCAUGCUCACACACCUCCCUCCCGCCACCCACCAUUCCUCCUCCCCCUCGCACUGCUGAGCGGGCAUGUUGGGAGCUUGGAGCACGGCUGGUGUGGGCAGGCAGGUGGGCGCCAAGGCUGGGUGCACGGGCACAGGGACGGGAGCGAGUGCAGGCGACAUGCUCACCUGUCGCCACGGCGAGUCAAGCUCAUGCCCUUCCCCUCCCUCGCCCUUCCCCUCUCUCACCAUUGCCCUCGCUCGCCCGCCCUGUCUCUCCUGCAGUAAGGGACGUUAACUGGAGGCGAUCUAACCAGGAGACCAUGAGUGUGAAGACCUGCCCGCUCUCCCCCCUCUCGUUCCUCACGCCACUGGCCUCCACUAACACCACACAUUUAACUCCGCCUUGUACCUUGCGCUGCACUGCUGCCGCCACCCACACGCCCGCUUCCCCUGCUGUGGCGUCACCACAACACGUGGCACGUCGCAAGUCGCUCUCCCCUCCACCCAAUCAUCAUCUUUCCUCCAUCAACUCUACUCGUCCCCUGCAGCUAUCCUCGCCACUGCUUUCAUGUGCACCUUCUCCCCCGUCAUCUCGCUCUUCUAGGCAUCUGCUGCCUCAGCGUCAGGGUGAGCUCGCUCUACCAGCAGUGUUUCCCCUUCCUUCUCCUCAUCCCUUGGGUGACGACAAAGAGGAGAAUGAGCCCGAGCACAUGCCCCUGUCAUCCUCUCUCAAGGCCAUGGCAGCAGCGGUGUGUGCGCUACAUCACUGCCGACUCGCUCGCUCAGACCAACCUGUUGCAGCCCAAGGUGUCGAUAAUGUUCCCGGCGCCCAGUCCAGGGAGGGAGGGCGAGGUGCAGCUGACAGUGCGGACUUCCCCGGCCCGCUCAAGUACCACACUGUGGCGCCGCAACUCAUGCAGGUGGGGUUGGGUGGUGUGGUACUGCGCAUGUCGCAUGGCAAGUACGAUGCAGGUCGGGCGAAGGAUCAGGUGCAGGCAGCUGUGCGGGAGAAACAAGUCCUGGAGCAGCGCCUGGAGAACCUGGAGCUCUCAACAGCCGACCAGGUCAAAGCGUUGGAGCAGCACUCGACAGCAGAGGUGGAUGGGCUGGCAGCUAGGCUGGCGACCGCAGUGCAGCAACUGGAGGAGAGCCGGGCGGCACAUGCCAAGCUGAAUCUGCACUCGUCAGCAGAGCGGGAUGAGCUGGCAGCCAAGCUGAAUCUGCACUCGUCAGCAGCGAUUGGUGGAGAGCCAGGUGGAAGAGGCCAAGCUGAGGGAGGAGGUGAAGGAGAAGGCGGCGCAGGCAGAGCAGCUAGUGGCGGUUUCCAAGUAUCUGGAGGAGAGACGGGCGACAGAGGCCCAACUGAGGGAGGAGGUGAAGGAGAAGGCGGCCUAACUGCAGGCGCAGCUGCAAGCGCUUUCCAAGGAGCUGGAGGAGCUGAGGGGGAUGAAGGCGCAUGUGCACAGGCAGAAGCGGAAGGAGAGGGAGCAACAGGCGCAAGCGCACCCAUCAAGCGCACAGGGGAGCACCUCCUUGCCGCCGCCUCCCUUUCCACCCCCUCCCUUGCCGCCGCCUCCCUUUCCACCCCCUCCCUUGCCGCCUCCUCCCUUGCCGCAUCCUCCCUUCCGCCUCCCCUCUUGCCGCCACCUCCUUUGCUCUCCUCUCCCUUGCCACACCUUUCCUUGCCGCGGCCUCCCUUGCUGCAGGCGGGCAAGGAGGUGGGGAUGGGACACGUGGGUGCGUUCAGAGUGUGUGGGGUGGACAGCUCAUGCCACGGGGCAUGUGCGGUGGAGGUGAAACGGGCACGCUACUGA